UAAAUAUCAAAAAUCGCGAUUGAGCGUACUUAUCCAAUCUUUGCUUUUUGUGUAAUAUUGGGCCACAAUUUAGAUACUCAACAUUAAAAUUUCGAUCCGCAAAAACCAAAAAUCCACAAAUUUGUUUAUUUAGGUCCACCACCUUCUCAAUCCUACCUAAGUAAACAUCGUUGUUCUUUGGUUGUUCCAAUCCAAAUGCCUUGUAACGGCGAUUGCCGAGUUCAAAUAGACGAAAACAAUAAAGAAUUAAAUAAUAAAGAAAAUCAACAACGACAACAAAAUAAUUCUCGCCAAUCACCUUCAGCUGAAGAUUUUAGCGUUAUACGUCAAAAUUUACUUGGCCCUCUAACAUUUGAUGAUCUCUACUAUAUUCAUUAA